AUGGCUAAGCCCAUCUACUCUGAGAUGAUGUCUUUCGGGGGCUCACAGCAUGGUCAGGGGCAGCAGACCGUUCCGUUCAAGACCAGCAAGCAGUCUCUGAAGGUGCUCCUCUUACAUGGGAGCUUGGAUAUUUGGGUGAAGGGUGCCCGGAACCUGCCCAACAUGGACAUGUUCCACAAGAAGCUGGGAGACAUGUUCUCCCGCUUCCCCGGCAAGCAUAAGGGCAAGAUUGAGGGCCACAUGUCUAGCAAGAUAACGAGCGAUCCCUAUGUUACAAUCUGUGUCUCGGGUGCAGUCAUUGGGCGGACCUUCGUUAUCAGGAACGAUGAGAACCCCGCGUGGGAGCAGCACUUUCACGUCCCCAUUGCACACACUGCUGCAGAAGUCCAUUUUGUUGUCAAGGACGAUGACAUAGUGGGUUCACAGAUCAUCGGAGCCGUCGGAAUCCCUGUGGAACAGUUAGUUUCCAACAAUAGAAUCGAGGGGACCUUCCCAAUUCUUGGAGGCAACGCAGAGCCCUGUAACCCUGGAGCUGCCCUGAGCUUAUCUAUCCAGUACACUCCUGUGGAUAAGCAGGGCCUUUACCAUCAGGGAGUUGGCCCAGGUCCUGCUUAUGAAGGUGUACCAGGGACCUACUUUGGUCUCAGGAAAGGUGGCCGGGUCACACUUUACCAAGAUGCUCACGUCCACAUGGGCUCCCUUCCCAAUUUCAGGCUCGAGGGCAGUCUGCAAUAUAACCAUGGCAGUUGUUGGCAGGACAUCUUCGACACAAUCAGUCAGGCGCGCCGCUUGGUCUAUAUUACUGGAUGGUCGGUCUACCACAAAGUUAGACUAGUCAGGCAUGCUGAUGAUAAUGCAGAUUAUAUGCUAGGAAAUCUUCUGAAGAGAAAGUCACAAGAAGGUGUUAGAGUGCUGGUCCUUGUAUGGGAUGAUCCCACUUCUCAUAGCAUUUUUGGUGGCAGAACUGGAGGCAUCAUGCGUACUAAUGAUGAAGAGACCGAUCGUUUCUUUAAGCACUCAUCAGUGCAGGUGCUACUUUGCCCUCGAUCAGCCAGGGAAGGCCAUAGCUGGCUCAGACAGAAGGAAACAGGAACUAUCUAUACACAUCAUCAGAAAACGGUUAUUGUGGAUGCCGAUGCUGGAAACAACAAAAGGAAGCUUAUUGCAUUUGUUGGAGGUCUAGAUCUAUGCUUGGGGCGUUAUGAUACUCCUAGUCAUCCCAUUUUUAGGACAUUGCAAACCGUUCAUAAGGAUGACUAUCAUAAUGGAACAUUCACGGAUCCUUCCCCUGGAGCUCCAAGGCAGGCGUGGCAUGAUUUGCACUGUCGAAUCGAUGGUCCGGCAGCAUAUGAUAUGCUCACAAAUUUUGAGGAGCGUUGGCUACACGCCUCAGAACCGCAUGGUAUUCAGAAGUUAAGAUCUUCACAUAGUGAUCAGUUACUUAAACUUGAAAGAAUACCUGAAAUAUUGGGGGUCAAAGAUGUUUCUUCUCAUAACGAAGCUGGUCAAGAGGCUUGGCACAUCCAGGUUUUCCGAUCGAUCGAUUCCAAUUCUGUGAAUGGAUUUCCUAAUGACCCUAAACAUGCUACAGACCGGAACCUCCUAUGUGGGAAGAAUAUCCUAAUAGACGCGAGUAUACACACGGCAUAUAUCAAGGCAAUACGUGCAGCCCAGCAUUUCCUAUACAUAGAGAACCAGUACUUCCUUGGCUCGUCAUAUAACUGGGACUCUUACAAUGAUUUAGGUGCUGACAAUUUAAUACCUAUGGAAAUAGCCCUUAAGAUUGCUAGCAAAAUAAAAGCAAAUCAGAGGUUUUCUGCAUACAUUGUCAUUCCAAUGUGGCCGGAAGGUGUUCCUACGAGCGCCCCUAUUCAAAGAAUCCUCUUUUGGCAGCGCAAGACAAUGGAAAUGAUGUACAGGGCCAUCUAUGAGGCUCUAGUAGAGGCCGGGCGUGAGAAAGAAUAUGAACCACAAGACUUCUUGACUUUCUUCUGCCUUGGCAACAUGGAAGGCCAUGAUAGGGAAGGAGGUAGUAUGGCGAUGGCGGCUCCUGCUCCCUCGAAGACUCAGGAACUUGCCAAAAAGAACCGGAGAUUCAUGAUUUACGUGCACUCCAAGGGGAUGAUAGUUGAUGAUGAGUACCUGAUAUUGGGCUCCGCCAACAUCAAUCAGCGAUCUCUCGAAGGCACUCGAGACACUGAAAUAGCAAUUGGUGCAUAUCAGCCUCGUCAUACCUAUGCUAAAAGAAAUUCUUACCCGAAAGGACAGAUACAUGGAUAUAGAAUGUCGCUAUGGGCAGAGCACCUUGGGACCGUUGAGGAGUGCUUCAAGCAACCGGAGAGUCUUGAGUGCAUGAGACGUGUGAGGUCGCUGAGUGAGUUGAACUGGAAGCAAUAUGCAGCAGAUGAGGUAGCAGAUAUGAAAGGUCACCUUUUGAAGUACCCACUGCUUAUUGAUGGUAUGGGCAAGGUGAAGCCGAUUCCAGGAUGCACGACGUUCCCUGAUGUUGGUGGUAAAAUCGAAGGAUCAUUCAUCGCGAUCCAAGAAAAUUUGACGAUUUGAUUCAUCUGAUGAUCCGCUCGAUUUAGGAAUGUGCUUUGAUGUGCUAUUUCUUUGUCAUAAUCGUGCCCGAGGGCGUCGUACAAAGGAAAAAAAACAAGUGUACCACGCUAAUAAACUAAUAUACGACGUUCCGUAGUACUCGUGUCUUGGACUGUCAUACAAAGGAAAAA